AUGGAUGAGGCUGAGGCGACAUGGGAGCGAUUCGUCUCUUGCAAGAGCUUGCUGACCCAGUUUCAAAACUUUCAAACUUCGCAGCAGGGUGGAGGCUUCGGGGGCAUCUUGUCCUCCAGCUCUAGCAACGCCAACUCGGAGACGUCGACCUUGAUACGCGAACUGACGGUCAGGCCCGUGUCGAAGCUUCUCUCGGACGAGGCUGUGCAAGGGUUGGCUAAACAGGAUAGGCUCGUUGACUUCAUCCAACUUGUUUUGAGGUCAAGGUCGAGAAACACGCCAGGCACGGCUGCUCGUGUUCAAGAGAUCGCUGUUGUCGGGAUCAAGGCCAUACAUUCCGGCCUGGUGGUGGACAAGCCGGCGCAAGAGCUCCAGAACGUCCUCCUCGCCGAGCUGGGCGACAUCAGCCCCGACCACGCCCCCGCCAUCGUCAACGCAGUCCUCGCGCCGCUGCUGGAAGCCUCCAAGUGCCAGGGCCGGCUCACCGUCGGCCACCAGCGCCAGUCGUCCGAGAGGGAGAUGAGCGAGGAGGCCGCGGCGAGCUUUCUCGUCGUCCUUGACAUCCUCCCUAAGGUGCUCAGCGUCACCGCGGGGGUGCCGACCCUAUCUGAGGAAGACCCCGUACCCGAAGACGUGCGGGGGCUCUCGGGCGCGCAGUACAAGGAUAGGGUGGUGUCUUGCCUGUUCCGCGCCCGAUGGCCAGGCGCGGUAUCUGUGGGCAUGUGCCAAACGCUGAGGGAUCUGGAUCUCGGGGAGAGGCAUCUGUCGGUGGCGGUGUCUCGGGUGCUGCGGCACCUGCGCAAGAACGCCAAGCUUCACGACCUCCCGGCGCUGACGUAUCAGCUGCUGCUGCUGGCUGGCAGGGGAUGCAAGGAGGCCGCUCUCGAGGGCGUGAUUCAAGUGUUUAACCGGCUGGACGCGGAAGCAGCUGACCGGGAGGACGCCGCCGCCGGAGCGGCGGGCGGCAUCCCAAUCAGGCCAAUAAGCGGCGGCCGUGGCGGCGGCGGUGGUGGCUCCAUCGGCCGCGGGGGAGGCGGGGGGCUCGGGACCAACAGCACCGAGGAGCUCCGUUUCGUCGAGGGCACCAUCCUCCUGCACUUCAACUUCGCGAUGAAGCAGGACCACAGCCUUGCGAGCUGCGUGCUCAAAGGUUUCCAGAGGAGGGCGGCCGCGGCGGAGGUCGGUCGCGCCUUCACUCCGUUCCGCCUCGCGCUCCUGCUCUCCCUCGCUCGCAUCCAGCGGUUCCAGCAGCCGGUCCUGGACCUGGUCGAGGAGAUCGUGUCCGACUGCCUGGUGUACGACCACCUCAGGGAGGGCUCCGCGUGGCUGGAGAGCGAGGAAGAGGCGGCGCGGGGGGGGCGGCGGUGGCAGCGCUACGGCGGCGGCGGUGGCGGCGGCGGCGGGGGGGGUAGAGCGGAAGGAAGAGACGGCGGCGGUGGCGGCGCAAGCGACGGGGAAGACGGUGUUAGCGGCGGCGGCGGCGGCGGCGGCGGGUCGUCCUCCUCGGCCAAGGCGGUCGAGAGGGUGCUCUUGACGGUGGUCGCUUUCAGCAGGGGCUGGGACCACUUGGUCGACUCUCUUCUGAGGCUUGGGCUCAGGCUGCUCGACCGCGGCGGCGGAGGGUCGUCCUCCCCUGGAGCGGUCGGCGCGUCCAGGGGUAUGCUGGAGAAGCUCCAGGGGGCGCAGAGCCACCGGGCCGCCCUGCGGGCUUCGUACCUCGGACGCGUGGUGCUGAUGGAAACAUUCAAGACCCACGAGGUGGUUCGCGACCAGGUGCUGAGCGCGGUGCUGGAGCAAGUGACGGCCCGCUCGCAGGGGGUCCUGGGCUACGUCAAACUCCUGGGCCUGCUGGUCCAGCGCUACCCGAACCUCCUCCUCGGGAAGGCGGCGGCCGUGCAGGACGUGUUCGGGUACAUCUCGGUGCUCCCGCCCACGGUCGCCGAGCGCUUUCUCCAGGCCGUCUCGCCCCUGAUGCGGCUGCGCCCUGGUCUUCAGGACUCGGUGGUCCUUCCUCUGCGAAAGGCCCUCUUCAGCCGCGAGGAACGCGCCCGCCUAGUCGCCGUCGGGGGCCUCGUGCUGCUCUUGAAGGAUCAGAGCCGAAACGCGGCCGCCGUUGCGGGUCGCGGAGGUUUGAGCGGGGGUUCGAACGGGGGCACGCAGAUGAGCCAGACGAGCCAGAUGAGCGAGGGGCAGCAGAUGGCAAUGGUUCUGCCGUUCCCACUGGCGGCGGGCGGCGGCAGCGGCGGCGGUGGCGGCUCCGCGUUGUCUCUCGCCGAAGGCUUCGGUCUCCUGAGGAGGUGUCUGACCCAGCAGAUGGUGGUGCGCGCCAAGCUCUACGACGGGCUGUUGUCCUGCUUUGUGCAAGGGGAGAGCCUGGCUGAGCACGCGCGCAGCAGCAGCAGCAGCCCAAGCAGAGGUGGCGGAGCGGUCGACCCGGAAAACAUGCUUGACGAUGAUGACGGCGACGGGCCUCUGGUACCGGCAGACGCGGCGGCCGCUGCCGCCGCAGGGGGGCUUCGAGAGACCCUGAACGAGCUGGAAGGCGACCUUCGCAGGCUGUCUACGGCCCUCUCCGGCUGCCCGCUGUCAGAGUUCGACCUUGACAAGGUAGCGGACUUCUCCCCGAGCGGGGGGCUCGCUGCCAGGACGAAGCUGGCCACCGCCGCCCUCCUUUGCGGGUCCUACGAGGCUCUCAUGCAGGGCUCGCUCCUUCUCCCGGCCACCGUCGGUGGGCAACGCUCGGCGGCGGCGGCGGCGGCGGCGGUCUCGCCAGUCCAUGGCUGCAGCAAGCUCCCCGCCCUCGCUUCCGUCCAGGGCGUCCUGCGGCUGUUCGACUGCCGCCAGGCCCUGCUAGAUCUGGUUACCCCCAGCCUCCCGACCGCGGCCCAGCAGAGGGCGAAAAAAGGUAACGGCGGGGCUGUCAGCAACAGCAACAGCAGCAGUAACAGUCUCUGGGGUGAAUCAGAGAGUGCUUCUGGAGGUGGAGGAGGGCAGCCGGGGUUUUCGGCGGCCGGCUGCUUCGGCCUGACGUUGUACCCGGGAGGCAUGCCGUGCCUAGGCCUGGCGUUUGUGGAGGAUAUGCUGGCGGUGCUCAACGUCGACGCGUCGGGUGGCGAGGAGACCGAGGGGGACACGGAGCGCGACCCGGGGCAGAUGGAUGUCGACCUGUCGAGAGAUGAUCCGCCGACAGAGGCUGUCAGAGAAGACCUCGGUCUGCAACGCCUCGCCCUGGAGACCUGCCGCGGCCACCUGCGCUGUCUCCGCGCCGGGGCCGCGCAACCCAGCUCCGGCGGCGGCGGCCUCGAGGUCGACGUCGGGGGCGGUCCUUCCGCCAAGGGCGUCGCCGGCGGUGUCCACGGGGGCGGGCCGCGGGACGAGGCGGACGCCGGGAGGGCCGGCAAGGCGGCCGUGAAGAGGUGCGCGGUGCUCGCGCCGCUGCUGCUCAAAGAGUUUUUCCGGCAGGUGACGACAGGGAACACAUCCGGCGCCGCCAGGGACGCCGCCGCCGCCGCCAAGGCCUCGAAAGGGAAGGGCAAGAGCGGCGGCGGCGGGGAUAAGGGCACGAAAAAGAAGACGCCGUCCGCCCCUUCCGAGUCUCUCGCGGAGCUGGCGCUGUCCUGCUUCGAGGAGUGCGUGUGCAUCGCGGCGCACUGCUCCCCGCAGAAGGGCACCGCGGCCUCGCGCACGGCCAAGAUGCUGGCGGCCGCCUACGAUAGCUUCCCUAACUCCAACGUAGCGCCGGCCGAUCCCGCGGCGGGCCGUGGCGGGAGCGGAGGCGGCGGGGGAGCGGCGGUGGCUGCUGGGGUGCUGGGCAGACACGCCGAAGGCCUGGUGAACACCUUCGUCAGCCUCGUUGGGGACGACCAGAUGAAAGAGGCGGAAACGGUGUGUCGCAUCCUGUCGCAGCUGACCCGGCUGCUGAGGCUGCACCCGAAGAGCCUGGAGACCCACGGGGCGUCCCUCAAGCGCGUGUGCGAGCAGCAGAACAUCAAGUGCCCCAGCCUCGCCAAGGCCGUCAUCUCGCUCUACCUUGAGGCGCACAUGUCCAUGAAAGCCAAGGGCGGAAGAAUCGCCGCCCUGCACGAUGUGGCGAGGCAGGUCUCGGCUUGCCUCGGCCCCCGGGAGGAGGACGACGAGGAGGACGAUGAGCCUCCGGUGGUGACCUUCCAAGUGAUCAACAACUUCACCAUGAAUGCGAUCAAUGACGUCCCUAACCCUAAGGUCUAUCUCUCUUCACGUAGGUUGCCGUCGGAACGGUGCAGGCGUGCGUCGGCGACGUGGAAUACGCGCUGCGCCUGCUGCAGAAGGCGGCCCUAG